AUGUGGAUUGAGAGAGAGAGAGAGAGAGAGAGAGAGCAGGACAAGAGGCGUUUUGGUCUAAUACGUGAAGCUCCAUCCGCAUGCUGGAAAUGGGUUUCAGUCAGUGUGUGUAUUUGGUGUUUUCUCUCGCACGCAUUACCUACAAGCAGCCACGCAACUUCAACCGAAAGAGCUGAAAAGGAAGAGAGAGCCGUGUGAGAGGAAGCAGAAACUUGACAGACCUUUCAGGACACAAGAGUGGGUCCUCGGCGCCUCCAUGCCCGAACAAGGAGCUCCGCGGCGGACUCCGCAAGGUGUCCCCUACGCCGACUUGCAGCACAUCGUCAAUGCCGACGGACAGCACUUGUUCUGCCGCUACUGGGAGCCGGAGGGCCCCCCAAGGGCUCUGGUGUUCGUAGCCCAUGGGGCAGGGGAGCAUUGUGGGCCGUAUGAUGAGAUCGGCCAGACCCUGAAGGAACAGUCUCUGCUUGUCUUUGCACACGACCAUGUUGGCCAUGGUCAGAGUGAAGGAGACAGGAUGAAUAUUAAGGACUUCCAGGUGUUUGUCAGAGACUCCCUCCAGCACAUUGACCUGAUGAAGGGACGACACCCUGACCUGCCAAUCUUCAUCAUUGGACAUUCUAUGGGUGGAGCGAUUUCCAUUCUGACGGCGUGUGAACGACCAAAUGACUUUGCCGGUGUGGCUCUGAUUGCUCCUAUGGUCAAGAUGAACCCAGAAUCUGCCACACCCUUCAAGGUGUUCCUGGCUAAAGUCCUAAAUCACAUGGUGCCUAGUCUCUCUCUGGGCUCUAUUGAGUCUAAAUGGGUUUCACGGGACCAAAAACAGGUUGAGGCGUAUGACAAUGACGAGUUGAACUAUCACGGUGGGAUGCGUGUGUCAUUUGGCAUGCAGCUGAUGGGUGCGGCGGCGCGGAUCGAGAGAGAGGUCCCUGCCAUCACCUGGCCCUUCCUGCUUCUCCAUGGUGACGACGACAAGCUGUGUGACAUUAGAGGGUCCCAGAUGAUGUUUGACAUGGCCCAGAGCACAGACAAGAAGAUUAAGGUGUAUGACGGAGCAUACCACGCCCUGCACCAUGAACUCCCAGAGACAGCGGCGUCGGUGCUGAAGGAAGUCACUGGCUGGAUCUCUGAGCGUCUCGCUGUGUCUCCUGCUCAGGGCUCCUAGUCCCCUCCUCCUCCUCUACACCCCCCAACCCACUGUAUGACCUAAAUACAUUUGUACUGACAGCACACUCUACUGCUAGCCGAUCAGUAGCGAUCAUUUGCAGUACAAAUGUAGGUAACUGCACCUUACCCCAACCCCAGCCCUGUGCUAGUCAGUCAGACUUCAAAACUCUUGGUCCUCUGGGAGAAGAGGGGGGUGACAGGUCAGGACACCCACAGGAGGUUCCCUUAAGGUCAACUUGUCAGUGACCUUUGACCCCCAUGACCAAUGUAGGGACGUCCUGAUUUUCUAGGCUCUUCAUUAGGGACAACAGUUGUGCCCCAGCUGCCAGGCAGCAGUUCAUAGUACAUACAUCAGCCAUGUCUCCCCGUACUGAGUUCAAAGAGAACAAUGCUGAGAGCUAGGCCAGGUGCAAUUCACCGAGGUAUUUUCUUCCUCCUUUGUAACCACAGUGUUCAAUAGGCCAACAGAAACAUGUUGAAUUCGCCCAGGCUGAGGUGUUCCCUUUUGUGUUGCCAUGGAGACAACUGGGCUUUGUUAUCCCCACCGUAUCUCAGAUCCUUUGUUCAUAGAAUCAAACAUUUUGGACUUGUUUGAACACCUAACUCCCCAGAUUGCUGCCACCAGUGGUCAUCUAUCAGAACUGCAGGGUAUAGGUGGCUGCAACCCAAGAUGGAGAAGUUGCCUGUUACUAUGGCAACACCUCAGGAAAAACCCUAUGAAAAAGGCUGAAUCCAUUAGAGCGCCACAGUAAGGUGAGGCAUGCUGUGAAUCAUUAUACAGUACAUGCUGUGUACAGACAAAGGCGCCACUUCACUGCUGUUCUCCCUAUAUUAAAAUAGAUGAUGGCCUCAAUUCAUCACCUACAACCUCACCAUUUAUCUUUGUUUCUCCAUAGUCUGCAUUGCUAAGGACUAAUACAGAUUUUAAUGUAUAAUGUCAAAUAUUCAUGUUUUAAAUGGUGGAAGUUGUUUUGUAAGGGGAAGACUGGUGAAUCUAAUUGUCUGAUGCGUUGAGCAUUUAAUAAAGUGAAAUUCAAUUGGCUAGACAUUUGUUUGUAACUCAGCGAAGGGUCAGGGUUUCGGUUUAGAAGCACGGUUUUGACUACUCCUGCAGUCUUGCUUUGGUACUGCAGUUUAACUGAUACCCGGCCCAGAAAUACAAUUUCCUUAGUUGGCCAUAUAGAAUACCACAGUAUGAGUCAUAAUACCCAUAAAACCUAGUGGUCAAACAAGGAACUGGUUCCAAUCGUUUUCUCCACCAUAACUUUUCCCCCUGGCAUGACGUUUUAAUAACCGUGUAAAUCUCUCUUGGACAAGGUGACUUAUAUCAAUAUAUAUUCGCCUGUAUUUACCCCCCAAAAAUCAAAUGCUAAUUAACUAAUACAAAUGCCUUGAUGAUCUGGACGAGACAGCUGAAUCGAGGCAAAGGUAAGAAUCUGGAUUAACUAGCUAAGGUGUCCGCUAGAGAUGACGUGCAGGAGCUUGCAGGGAUUUGUAGUUUUGCAUGAUGUCUACUUUGAUGCCAAUUAGCAUUUUCGAAUCAGAGUUAAUAGAGCCGAACAUAUUGAUAAAAGUCACCUUGCCCGAGAGAGAUUUACAUGGUUAUCAAAACGUCACGGCAGGGUAAUCCUACACGAAACACAGCCCUUAUUUUAAGUGUUUCUAAAAUCACCUAUGGGAAAAAUGAAUGGAGAAAUUAUUGGAGCCAUUUUCCUGUUUUACCACUAGGUUUUAUGGGUAUUAUGACACCUCUACUGUGGGGCUCUAUAGAGAAGUCAGAUUAGAAAAUUCCUGUGUGAAAUUGUGCUGAGUAAACCGGAUAUAGCCGUUCCAGGAAUCGGCGUAUGCGAAUGUGAGUAGAUUACAUCGAACACAACCGUCAGACAUCUUGGACAAAGUAAAUCAGUAUAAUGUUUGUGAACUGAAUGACCAGUUUUUAAAUAACACACAUUUAAGAACAAUAUGGUAGCAUAUAUUUGAAAAGGGCAGAAUUUGUCCAAUUGUAAAUGUGUUACUCUUGGAACCAGACAUGUUCUUAUCAAUACAUAUUGAUAUCAACUGUCAGAUUGCUCAUAACAAAUGUAAUAUACAGUAGAUAGUAUUGAAUAAUAUGUGAAGGACAUAAGUAUUAUUCUGUUUGUAUCUAAAUAACUACUUUUAUUGAUCUUGUCAACUGUAUUGAUAUGUAUUCUUAAUUUUUAAAGUACAUGUGAUGUGGAACAUAAGGGUUUUAUACUAUAGUCAACUUACUUUUUAUUGAGCGUUCAGAACUAAUACCUGGUAACUGAAAUUGAGAAGGAUGUACAGUAAGAAUCUGAAUGGCCCUUUUUAUGAAGUGUAAUUUAUUUUAGUAUGAUUCGUGUUGCUUUGUGCUUUAUUCCCAUGACCUGUGUGAAAAUAACUUUGGCUCCUUUGUCACUUAAAGACUGACUGAAAAUUGCUGAAGGGCUUAAACUACUUUCUCAUGUGACCCACUAGAACAGUGUUUCCCGACACCGGUCAUUGAGUACCCCCAACAGUAGGGGAGAGUGGGGUAGGUUGAGUCAUUUUUUCUCAGUCAAGGGAAAUAUACUGCAGCAUUCAUUCAAACAAAGAUAUCUACAUAUUUUUCAGGAUGUUGUGUGUCCCUGGAAAUAAUCAGAAUUCAUGUAAACAGUUUUGAAAACAUAGCUUACCUCGGGUAUGGGUUAAGUUGAGCCGCGGGACAGGGUAUGGGUUAAGUUGAGCCGCGGGACAGGGUAUGGGUUAAGUUGAGCCGCGGGACAGGGUAUGGGUUAAGUUGAGCCGCGGGACAGGGUAUGGGUUAAGUUGAGCCGCGGGACAGGGUAUGGGUUAAGUUGAGCCGCGGGACAGGGUAUGGGUUAAGUUGAGCCGCGGGACAGGGUAUGGGUUAAGUUGAGCCGCGGGACAGGGUAUGGGUUAAGUUGAGCCGCGGGACAGGGUAUGGGUUAAGUUGAGCCGCGGGACAGGGUAUGGGUUAAGUUGAGCCGCGGGACAGGGUAUGGGUUAAGUUGAGCCGCGGGACAGGGUAUGGGUUAAGUUGAGCCGUGGGACAGGGUAACUUAAGCCACCUACACAUUUCUGUACCGAAUGAAAUAUUACCACUACCUUUUUUAAAAACCAUGUCUCUAUUUCCCAAACACAAUGCAACACAAUCACAUUUGUCUAUUAAUAAUUUUAAGGAUAUUUUAACAGUCUUAACACGUAACAAACACUUUGCACUUUUCAAAAACACUUAGAGGACAAGCCUGGGAAGAAAACGCUUCAAUUUGCUCAACUUACCCCAUAGCCAUUGGUUACACUCACCCCAAGGCAAACAUUUUGACUAUAUUAGUUUACACAGCUACAAGGAUGCACUUUCAUGCUAAGUUUGACACCAACUGACUUAGAACAAUCAAUAAAUUCAUUUGACUUCUGUUUUCUGGACCUAACUUGCUUACCACUUUUUCCAUGUGGUUUCUUUCUUCCCAGACUACAUGCAAUUAGGAUCUCUUUCUAAAUAUUUGGUACAUUCUGUGUACGGUUUCCUAGAAACAAGGGUGGCUCAAUUUACCCCACUCUACCCUAUAUCAUUUUGUUGUGGGCCUGGACAAGCACACCUGAUUUUACUUGUCAACUAAUCAUCAAGCUCUUGACAAGUUGAAUCAUGAUCAAAUGAUGAUGUGCUGUUGGGGGCACUGGAGGACCGGAGUUGGGAAACACUGCGCUAGAAUCAGCCAUGCCAAACAGCAGUCAGUCUCUAGAGACAGGAGCUUGAGCCAAUCAAAAGAGUUGUUGCUGAAUCCCCUCAUACAGUAGGACAGGUGUCAUCAACUAGAUUCAGCUGCCGGCUGAUUUUAUUUUUUUUCUCGAGCGGAUGGUCAGGGGGCCGGAACAUAAUUGAAAAUCAUUUGUAGACUGCAAAUUACCAGCAAGAAACCCAAACAUAUAUAACAUUUCACUAAAACAUAAUAUUUUCAAACCUUGCUUACAUUUGUAUACGAUCACAUAUUUUUCUCUAUUAUACAUGGGAAUACUUUGGAACAGAUUUCCAAAAUUAAAAUCACUUGGAGCUGAUUUUCUGGUGUUUUCACUGUUUUUUUUAUGUCUAACAAUUAAUCUUGUAUUUUUUGCUCAGAAAAAUAGGGGGGGGUCAAAUAAAAUCACACGUGGGCCAAAUUUGGCCAGUAGGGGCUCCAUUCAAUCUGUAUCAUUGAAGUUAAAAUUUGAAGACAAAGUUCCCAUGUUAGCUGACAUGGCAUUCACGGUAAAAGCUGCAGAUGUCAGAACAAUCGGAAACGUUUACAUUUUUAUUGUGCAAUCUGUAACGCUUCAGCAAUACAGAUUGAAUAGAGCCCUAGGUGUUCUCUGCAGCUCUGGGUCUAAUAGAUGCAUACUUUGAAAUAGUUGAGCUGCACUUGAUUUGGCUUGCCCAGUACAAUGGAACCAAUGAAAUAGUCCCAAAAGUGCAAAGCCCAAGCUAAAUUGAGUACACAUCAAAUAUAGUAUUUGACCUAGGUCUGGUGCUAUGAUGGUUUUGGUUACGUACAAAAUGUUGAGAGAGUGAUGAAAGAUGUUGGAACAAUGUUUAAUGAUCUGUCGUUUGUAUUCCUCAAACUGAACAUUUUUGUAACACGAACUGCUGUAACAUAUGAUGUUUUGAAAUGACUUGUGACCACUGAGAAACAAGAAACGUACUAUAUUAGCUAAAACCUAUUCAAACUAUGUUGCAAAUAAACCUUGACUGUUGAACUAA